GAUAUAUCUCCACUGCGAAAGGAGAAGGGGUUAGUGGUGCUCUUGAGCCUUUCAGUGAGGUCGUCGUGAUGAAAGCCACCGUGGCUUUUUAUGCAGCCUACCUGCUGUGUCUGGUGCUGAGUGUGGUGUGCGUGGUGCUGGUGGUCCACUGGAACGCCAGCUACCGCGGGGGCUUUGCAUGGGACCACGGAGCCAAGCAGUUCAAUUGGCACCCUGUCCUGAUGGUGAUGGGGCUGGUGGUGCUUUAUGGGAACGCGGCCGUGGUGUACCGAAUCCCGCUGACCUGGGGUCAGAAUAAGCAGCCAUGGAAGCUUCUGCACGCCGGCCUGCUGCUGCUGUCACUGCUCUUCGCCGUGUUGGGACUGUGUGCGGUGUUUGACUUCCACAACGCUAACAACACUCCAAACCUCUACUCGAUCCACAGCUGGGUGGGAAUCGUCACCACCGCCCUGUUCGCUGCACAGUGGGCUGCAGGUUUUGGAACGUUCCUCCUACCAUGGUCACCAAUGGCUUUGCGUGUCUUAAUCAAGCCCACCCACGUGUGGAUGGGGGCCAUCAUCCGUCUCAGCAUAGUUUCCUGCAUCUCAGGGAUCAACGAGAAGCUGCUUUUUGUUCUAAAGAAGAACACCAAUGGGACAGUGCCUUACGCCCAGCUGCCACCGGAGGCAGUACUGGCCAAUUCACUGGGUGUCGUCAUCGUUGCCUUCGGAUUGGUCGUUUUGAAAAUCCUGGCCAAUCAGACGUGGCGACGUCCAGAGCCCGGGAGCGAGGAGGGGGAAUACAGGUCACUGAUGACAGACGAAAGUUGAUGUCUGGAGGUGCGUGUUGAUGUCUGGAGGUCUGGGUUGCGAUGUCUGCACUUACCGGACUGCAGUGGAUGUUUACAAACGCUCCGUCCCAUCUGUUUUUUUCUGUUUUUUUUGUUAUAAAGCUCUAAAAAUAUCUAUGCAGUGAGCAUGCUGGAAGAAUAUAUUUUGUACUAACAGGCCAGAUAUAUCUUUUAACCAUUGUUCUGAAUCAUUUCACUCACAAAAUCAGUAAAUAAUAUAUUAGGUGAAUGAUUAAAUACAAGCGAGCAGUGUUACCAUGCAUUCCAAUGCAGACUGACUAAGCCUACACUCUUCAAAAAAAAAAAAAAA